GCCGGGCAGGCUGGCCCGAGGGGCAGAGUCCGCAGCGUCCGCGACGCCGAGCGCGCAGCCCGCCCGCGUCCGCAGCAUGUCCUUCGUCCCGGUGCCCGAGGGCUGUGACUUCCCGAUCCACAACCUGCCCUACGGCGUCUUCUCCACCGCAGGCCACCCAAGACCCAGGAUCGGCGUGGCCAUUGGCAACGAGAUCCUGGACCUCAGCGUCAUUAAGCACCUCUUCACCGGGCCUGUCCUCUCCAGACACCAGGAUGUCUUCGAUCAGCCUGCUCUCAACAGCUUCAUGGGCCUGGGCCAGGCUGCCUGGAAGGAGGCGAGGGCAUUCCUGCAGAAACUGCUGUCUGCCAGGGAAGCCAGGCUCAGAGAUGACGCGGAGCUUCGGAAGCGCGCCUUCACCUCCCAGGCUGCAGCGGUGAUGCAUCUCCCGGCCACCAUAGGUGACUACACGGACUUCUAUUCCUCUCGGCAGCACGCUACGAACGUGGGGAUCAUGUUCAGGGGCGAGGAGAACGCGCUGAUGCCCAACUGGCUGUACCUACCUGUGGGCUAUCACGGCCGUGCCUCGUCUGUCGUGGUGUCUGGCACCCCAAUCCGAAGGCCCGUGGGACAGAUGAGACCUGAUGACUCCAAGCCCCCCGUGUAUGGUGCCUCCCGACUCCUGGACAUAGAGCUGGAAAUGGGUUUCUUUGUCGGUCCCGGGAACAAACUCGGGGAGCCGAUCCCCAUUUCCAAGGCCCACGAGCACAUUUUCGGAAUGGUCCUCAUGAACGACUGGAGCGCUCGGGACAUCCAGAAGUGGGAGUACGUGCCCCUCGGGCCGUUCCUUGGGAAGAGUUUGGGCACCACCAUCUCUCCGUGGGUGGUGCCCAUGGAUGCCCUCAUGCCGUUUGCUGUGCCCAACCCCGAGCAGGACCCUCCGCCCCUGCCGUAUCUCCGCCAUGACCAGCCCUACACGUUCGACAUCAACCUCUCUGUGGCCCUGAAAGGGGAAGGAAUGAGCCAGGCAGCCACCAUCUGCAGGUCCAACUUUAAGCACAUGUACUGGACGAUGCUGCAGCAGCUCGCGCACCACUCCUCCAACGGCUGCAACCUGCGGCCCGGGGACCUCCUGGCUUCCGGAACCAUCAGCGGGCCGACGCCGGAGAGCUUCGGCUCCAUGCUGGAGCUGUCGUGGCGCGGCACGAGGGCCAUAGAGCUGGGCAGCGGGCACACCAGGAAGUUUCUGCUGGACGGGGAUGAAGUCAUCAUAACAGGGUACUGCCAGGGGGACAGUCACCGCAUCGGCUUCGGUCAGUGUGCGGGGAAGGUGCUGCCCGCGCUCCCGCUGGCCUGAGGCUGCCCCCACCAUCCUGCCACGAAGCACCCCAGCGGGCCCUCCCUCCCUGGGCACCAGGCACCUCGUGCUGCGGCCUGCUUCUUCCUUCAAGAAUAAAGCCUUUGGCCCUGUGUCACCCUCGG